UGUGUGGGUUCAUAGUCGACAGAAUGAAUAAUAAUGCUAUGUAAAGAUGCAUGUUACUUUUUUGUUUCUUUAUAUUUUAAGCAAAAAAGAACUUCUGAAUCUACGUUCAUAGUCUCAGAGAUUCAAUUAUUGUGAUUAUAUUUUAGACUCAGAACUCUUCAAGUGCUUGGAACAAAUGCAUGGGGAAUCCUUUGAGGCUUUCAUGAUGAGGAAGCUGGUCCCAGUAGCUGGGAAUGUUUGUGAACCCAAUCUGGGGAUGGAUCCUGAUACAGCUAAUGAAAUAGCAAAAGAAGUUGAUGUGAUCAUAAAUUCAGCUGGCAAUACAAAUUUUGAUGAAAGGUAUGAUGUUGCUCUUGACACAAACACAAGAGGACCUUCUCGGCUCUUAGGUUUUGCAAAGAAGUGCAAGAAACUUGGCCUUUUCUUGCAUGUAUCAACCGCAUAUGUCAAUGGGGAGAGACAAGGAUUAAUUAUGGAGAAACCUUUCCACAUGGGACAGACAAUAGUAGGGGAAAGUGUCACCUCAGAAACCCCACCAAUAUCUAUCCCAGUGCUGGAUAUUAUAGCUGAAAUAGAGUUGGCUUCAAAUUUGAAGUUUUCUGUGCAUAAAAAUGAAGUUACUCAAAAGUUGAAAGAGUACUGUAACAGGGCAAAAUUAUUCGGAUGGAAAAAUACGUACGUGUUCACUAAGGCCAUGGGAGAGAUGCUAAUAAAUAGCAUGAGAGAAGAUAUUCCAAUAGUCAUCACCCGCCCUACCAUCAUUGAGAGUACCUAUAAAGAUCCUUUUCCUGGAUGGAUACAAGGAAAUAGAAUGCUAGAUCCAGUGAUUAUAUCUUACGGUAAAGGCCAACUCUCAGGAUUUGCUGCAGAUCCGAAAGCAAUCGUAGAUGUGCAUGCAUGGUUAUUGGUUCCUAUGGACAUGGUCGUCAAUGCAUUCAUAGCAGCCAUUGCAAAGCAUGGGAUUGCUGCGAAACCAGGUUUAAAUGUCUACAAUAUUGAGUCAUCUACUGUAAACCCCAUUGCGUAUGAAGAUUUACUUGCUAAUAAUUUGUUAAGCUACGAUCUUGUACGAUUUGCUGCCAGAUUUGACACUCGUAAUACCCAGAAAUUGAUGGAAGACAUGUCCUUGGAAGAGAUGAGGAAUUUUGAAUUCAAUGUACGAAGCAUAAAUUGGGAGCAUUACGUUGUAGACAUUCAUAUUCCAGGUGUAAAAAGGCAUGUCAUGAAGGAAAGACUAGUUAUCAAUGAAUAA